AUGGCUGGCCUAUCCAUGGAGCACCCUUGGGCAUUCGCCUUCGGCCUACUAGGCAACAUCAUCUCUUUCACGAGCCUCCUGGCCCCGAUACCAACAUUCUACCGGAUCUUCAAGAGCAAAUCCACGGAGGGGUUCCAGUCGGUGCCCUACGUCGUGGCCCUGUUCAGCGCGAUGCUGUGGAUCUUUUACGCGCUAGUGAAGACCGGUGAGGGCCUCCUCAUCACCAUCAACGCUGCCGGCUGCGUCAUCGAGACCAUCUACAUCGUCAUGUACCUCGUCUACGCCCCCAGGAAGGCCAAGAUUUUCACAGCCAAGAUCGUCCUCCUACUCAACAUCGCCGGUUUUGGGCUCAUCUUUCUCCUCACUGUCUUCGCCUUCCAAGGCGAGACCCGCGUCAUCUCGCUUGGCUGGAUCUGCGUCGGCUUCUCCGUCUGUGUCUUCGUCGCGCCGCUCAGCAUCAUCGGUCGUGUCAUCAAGACCAAGAGUGUGGAGUACAUGCCCUUCUCCCUCUCCCUCACGCUCACCCUCAGCGCCAUCGUCUGGUUCCUCUACGGCCUGCUCAUCAAGGACAAAUACGUCGCGCUCCCAAACAUCCUUGGCUUCACCUUCGGGAUGAUCCAGAUGGUCCUCUACAUGUUCUACAUGAACGCGACGCCCGUGGUGACAAGCGAUGUGAAGGAGGUGAAGGAGGCAUGGAAGGUGCCUGCAGAGGACCAAGUCGUCGUGAUCAACGUCGGCAAGGCCGACAAGAGCUCGUGCGCUGAGGUGCGCCCGGUCACUGAGAUGGCUAGCGCCGUGGACGUCCCCAGGAGAUGCGCUGCUGAGGCGGCGGCGCCGAGGCAGCAAGUGAUGGCGGUGGACUUUGCCCGCUCUGUCGAGGUGGUCUAG